AUGGCCCCCACUCCAAAAUACGUUCUGGAUAUGGUUGCUGAGUUCGGAGACUGGCCAACUCCACCGGAAACAAAACUGCUGGACCUACCGGACCACCGAAGCUUCAUGUUCGGACCCCUUACUGAUAACGACCUGCACGACGCAACGGACGAGCAGUAUGACUUCGAGAUCACGAAGAUGGAUUCCGCGAGCCGCGAGUUCCUCAAACAAACAUACACGCGCAUAACUCACCGGGACCUCGAUCUAGAUGUUGAGUUCGAGGAUGAGAUGCUGAAAGGUUGGCAGCAUUGCCAUAAUGGUCUGUGGAAAGUCCGGGAACAGGAGUGGCUAGAUGACGAACACAUCCAUCACCUCGCCGAGCGCCUUAUUACCUGGUGUCAGGGUCAAGAACUAGCACGCCUGGGCAACCGUAACUCGGGGGACUGGUGGAUCAUCCCCGAUGCCUAUCACCUCCGCCUGGCGGGAGAUGAAGAGUCACCACCUCUGGGCCAUUUCCUCGACGAGGAUCCGGAGGAGUACAUCAAACUUCACGACAAAUUCGACACGGCCAAGUUCACUGUGCACAUGGUGCAUCAUGUGAAUCAUUGGGCCGUACUCAUCUACCAAGCCUCGAACGGCAACACCUUCUACAUUGAUUCUAUGAUCCAUGAACGGGAUGAUCGCAGCCGCCUAACCCUCGAAAGAUUCAAGGAAUGGCUGGAGGCGUCAGACAAGGCCAUACGUCCAAGAGCGCGACAUGUUACAGUGAAAGUCCCCAGCCAAGAGGACGCUUGGAGCUGUGGACUGCAUGCCGUGGUGAAUGCAAUGGCAUUUCUCCGAUACGAGUCACUAGGUUGGGACAAGAUUGAAGGCUGGACGACGAUGGAGUCGAGGCCGAUGCGCAGAGAACUCAUCGCCUGUUUGCACCGGCUCAUGGGGCUCGACUACAUCCCCGGCGAGUCACCCACCGCGCCCCGAGUGAGAGAUCACCGACAACCGAGGCCGAAGAGGGCGGCAGCAAAACAGUCCGCGGCCAAGCACUCGGCAAAAAAGCCCUCGCUCAAAACGUCAGCCAAGAAGUCUACGAACAAGAAGGCGGCUACAACAGGUUCUAUCCCCAAGGGGUCGCCAAAGAAGCCUUCCCCCAAGACGCCGGCAAAGGAAUCUCCGGCGGAAACGGCCACGAAAGGGUUUUCCCCCAAAGCAGCACCACAAGAGUCCACCACCAGGGCGACUCGCCAGGCCAGAAAUACUUCAUCGCCGCCCUUCGGAGUUCGCGGUGUCCCCUUGGGCCGUGAACUGGUCAACGCAACCCACGCCGAAGCCCAAGUAGCCGCCCUCGCUACCGCCACCCGCCUGGCCGCCUGCCUGCAGCGGCAGCAGCAAGAAUCCAAAGAGAAAGUCGCCCGCCAGGCCCUCCGGAAACAGGAGUCAGACAAGAAAGCUGCACGCCAGGCCACCAGGGUCAAACAACGGGACGCAUGGGCAGCCGACGCCGCCAAGGUCGGCAAAAAGCCUGUCGGUGGAAGACGCGGCGCCAUCAGCCAGGAACCUGUGCCCACCGCGGCCCACCUGCAGCAGAAACAGGAGGAGGACGCAACCAGCGGCACCUCCCGCAGGAAGCGCAAGAUCGACAGCGCCCCGGGCCUCAUCGAUAGCACCCCUGUCUCCAGCAAGCGAAGCAGACCCUCGCGCAAGUCCGGUCCCACCGCCACCACCACCGCAGCCACAACCACACCAACAAAGCCCAAAUCCCCAUCAAAAACCAAGACCCCAUCCUCCCCGCCCGCAUCCAAACGCCGCAGCGCGCGCUCCAACCCAGCCACAACCACAACCACAACCACAACCCCAACCCCCACCGCAACCGCAACCGCAACCGCAACCGCAACCGCAAUCACAACCACACCAUCCGCGCGAGGCGCACGAGCUUCGAAGCCCACGAUCCGCCCCGACACCAAAAUCAACAGCAGCGGUACGGUCGCCGGUGGGGUCCCAGGGGAAACGUGUGUCGGGUGGAUUUAA